UUACGAAUGGAUCAUAACUCUGCAGUUUUUUUUCUUUUUACCCGUCCAAACUUGUUUUUAAUUUCUCAGACAAUUUUUCAUUUUUGUGAAGGGAAAUAUAAUGGAACUUGGACUUGAUGCCGUGGUUAUUUGAUUUCCUUACAAGUCCAUUCUCGGUUUUCAACAAACACUUUUCAGGUGAUGGUCUUCUAACAUGCAAGGAACUGGGCUUGUCAAAGAAUGAGAUGAAGAAGCUUCUACCCAUCAUUGAUGCCAGCUCUUCAGAUUCAGGAACAUUUGAUAGCGUCUUGGAGCUUAUGGUUCAUGCUAGCAGAAGUCUGCUUAAAGCUAUCAUGAUGAUGAUACCUGAGUUACUGAUGGCCGCUAUCUUGGAGCGACAUUGGACCGGAAUGGAUUACGCCCUGGUCGCUUUUACAUCACACAUAGUGGAUGCAUGGUCAUGGCCAGUGAGGUUGGUGUUGUAGACAUCUGCCAGAAGAUGUGGCUAGGAAAGGAAGACAUCUGAUCGAUCCAGAAGGGGACCUUACUAAAACAGUUCAUGUGGAAGGCUAUGUGGCAGUUCAUGUGCAUUUGUAUUUUAUUUUGAAAAAAUUAAAUAGACCAUUAAUUGUUUUGUUGAUAUUGGGCAGAAUUGUUGUCUUGAUGAAUGUUAAAUGGGUGAAAUAUGCACAGGUUCAA